AUGUCGGCGACUCAUGCCUCACCUUUGCCUAACAAAACCAACCAAUAUGAGGAUGUGGACCAGGUUGAGGACAACUGGCAGAUUUUCUUUGGCUUAUCCUUUGCCAUUGCCACUGUCACUUGCAUAGGAGGUUUGUACUCGCUCACGUCGCUGCUCAGGAUGAGGAAUAAGUCUUCCCUGUGUCUUAUAGUGGCUUCUCUGUCCAUAGACGACCUGAUCAGCGUCGUGCCACUCACGCUCUUCAUGAUCCUGCAAUGGAGGAGCGGAGAAGCGAACCGGUCCGGCGUAAUGUGCACAUUAUCCGGACUUCUCUAUGUUUUCCAAGGGUUGUCGAGCAAUAUGAAAGCCUGCCUCAUGGUCGCCUACACUUUUUACGUGACAAAGCGCUUUGGAGUGUAUCAGACCUCUAACCGGCCUCUCGGAGUGUUUGUGGCGGUGCUCGCGGUGUGGACGGUCAGUCUUGUGGUCAGCAUCCUGCCCGUGUGCGGUUGGGGUCGCUUCGCCCCCGCGUCUCUCGGCUGUCUCCCGGAGAACGAUAGCUUUUACGUGCUGCUUCUCUUCGCUGUUUACACACUAUGUUUCUGCGGGCUGGUCGUGUGUUCGGUUCCUCUCAUAUAUCAGCUCAUGUGCUCCACGGAGGCCCUGAAGACGUUUUACCCAAGCUAUUUUGAAAUUGCCGGCUCGGCGGCGCAGUGUGAGAUCCCCUCUCUGUCACGGGAUAGCUUGGAGAAAAGUUUGGGAGCAUACAAUGAAUUCAACUCGAACACAGGCAGUUUCAAGAACAAAACAGAGGCAUGUUCCCUCUCAUAUUCACCGGCAACCGGUCAUUCCCGUAUGUUUUUCUCUCAGAAACGUUUCUCCAUGAUUCUGGCCAUGGCUCGAAUGGUUUUGUGGAUGCCAAUGAUGACCCAGAUCUUGGUGAGUCAUGCUGUUCACAUGCACAGCUCGUCCUUGGAGACUCUCUGUUUUUUCCUGACCUUGAUCUCCGCGGCAGUCACCCCGGUGUUCGUGCUUUCCGAGCGCUGGAUUCAUCUGCCAUGCGGCUGCUUCAUCAACUGCCGCCGAGGUUUAGGAUCAGAGCUCUCUGACGCAAAGAAAAGGAAAUUUGAAUUCAACUUCUCCUUCCAGCCAGGCCAUGCCAUUUAUAAGAUCUCCCAGGCCAAUUCGCCUUCCAUUGAGAAACCCUCGUUUAACAGUUUAUACAGCUGUGACUUCUCGGAGAGCAGGGUGGCCGUACGGGACAGCGGUCGGAUCGGUAAGUUCAGCACCACAGCAGCGGAGGACAGCUCCCUCCACAGCGAGCUACUGCUGGUGGAGAGAUCGGACGGCCCGCCUCAGAGCUCCGCUGAACGGGAUGUAGGCCUACCAUGCAGCGUCUCACCUCAGGUCUCAGCCUGCGGCAAUGAAGACCUUAACCUUGACAACUCGUCCGUAUUCGACGGCCCGGAGAGGAGGCUGUCCCACGUGGAGUGUCGUAAGAUCGAGCUGACGGACUGGGAGUGGUGCAGGAGUAAAUCAGAAAGGACUCCGAGACAGAGAUCCACGGCUGGGUUGGCCAUACCGUUAUGUGCCUUCCAGGGCACAGUAUCUCUCCAUGCCCCCACAGGAAAAACAUUGUCCCUUUCCACCUACGAAGUCAGCAGUGACGGCCUCAAGAUCUCCCCCAACAACGCUAAAAAGGUCGAGGUGUAUCGUUCCAAAUCAGUGGGUCACGAACCUAGUGCAGAAGAGCCCAACACCGGCAGUGGGGGUGUUGGAGUCGCUGACACCAAUGUUAAAAUCCACCUAGAGGUUUUGGAAAUCUGUGACAAUGAGGAGGCCAUGGACAGUGUCUCAAUCAUUUCCAACAUUAGCCAGUCAUCCACACAUGCCCGUUCACCUUCGCUACGUUACUCUCGCCGCGAGAAUCGCUUUGUGUCAUGUGACCUGGGCGAAACGGCCUCGUACUCGCUGUUGAUCCCCACCAGUAAUCCGGAUUCGGACAACAUCAACAUACACAUUCCAGAUACAGUGGAAGCACAUAGGCAGAACAGCCGGAGACAGCACCAGGAGGCUGGAGGGUACCAGGAAGAGAUACAGCUGCUCAAUGAAGCCUAUAGGAGGCAGGCAGAUGAACAAGGGAACUGACACUAACAGAUACAAUAGGGUACAUUAGUGGGCUGAGAUGACCAUGAAAGAAGUAUGAAAUGUUUGGAUAGAGAAUUUGUGAUGAAGGGUUAUAGAACUGAAAGUUAAGGUAUUCUAAAGC